UCGUUUUCAGAUCUUUUUCUUGCAGAUCGCAGUUUGAUGGCCACUGUGCCGUGCUGUGCCCCAUGAGGGCGUUCGAAGUGUCAUGAAGGCCGUGGCCUUGGCUGUGCUUCGGGUUGCUGCAGAUCGUGACCCGCUGGAGAGCUGGGACAGCGAGGAAGCGCCGGCGCCAUCGCGCGCUGCAGCCUUCUUGGACUGCGAUGGCUUGGGCGAAGAUCAUGUCUUUUGGCCCAUUUUUCGCAGUGCUUUGAACCUGGAGGGCGUGUUGGGCCAGACCACUUUGGAGUUGGCAGUAAGGAAAUGGAGUGAGUGGGAAAGCUAUCAAGACUACAUGGUGCAAAGUGGUCAACUUGCCGGUGACAUUCUUACUGUGCCUGGAUUGACGUAUGCGAAUGGUUCAGAGGUGGAACUGCGCAUCAACGGACUGAUCGAUUUGCCGGUGAUCUUUCAGAAGGCCGCCUAUUCACAGCUUUUCGACCAACCACCGAAGUGGGGAGCCUCUGAAUAUGUGGGUUUCCUGUCAUGCCCUGUGGGCUUUGUCCUGGUCCAAUACGUGAUUUUCAUUGCGAACAAAGUUCGAGGAAACUUGGACCCAUCGCUUUUGAAGGACUACUGGGAGGGGAUGGUCAAUGCGUUUGGUUUGAUUUAUGCAGUGCCCUCGUAUGUGCUCGACCAUUCGGAGUCUGCAAACUGGGGCCUCACUUCCUUUGACAUCGCUGUGAACCUCAACGUGGAGAGGAGCUAUUAUCGAAAUUACGAGGCCUACUGCCAAGAGACGCCAAUUCCACCUCCUCUUUUGACCCAUUGGUCCCACGACCUACCGUCCUUCCAGUCUUCCGACUGGUGGUGCGCGAAAAGCACGACAACGUCUGAACCGUUGCGUGUGGCGCUCAUCGGGGAGCAUGGCCCGGUGAACUUGGACCAUUUGAGCACCACAGAGGCCGUUUGGCGAAACUGUGCGACCGAUGGAGCUGAGGGCGGCCCUGAGAUCGAGGCGGGGCACUUCUUCACGUAUUUAUGGGCAUUGGAAGGCACGGCGCAAGGAGAAGAACUACGAAGGAGCUUGCGAAUGUCUUGGGAAGCGUUUUGGGGCGAGCCUUUGACCAAGUCACAAGGCUGUGGAACAAAGCAACGCCAAAACGCUGUGGGCAUUCGGAAGAGCCGAGUUUCGGGCCGUUCUGAGAGCAGCUCGGCGCCGCGCUGGACGGUGGCGGGCGCGGUAGCUGCGCUGAAGGGCUGGGCAUGGCGGGAGCCCUUCCUCCGCGCAGCGCGUAUACAGAUUUGCUGUGAACCCCUUUGGCUUUGCGUGCUGAUGCACGCAGCAGUGGGUUCCAGUCGACUUUUGGUACGUGUGAGCAUGUGUCUUUUGCAUUCCUUCUCCCAGAUCUUCGGAGAGCAGGAGUUGCCCCACUUUUGGCCUUUGGUACGUGCCAUGGGCUCUGAAGUCAAGGCCAUCAGUGCAGCAGCCAGGAUUUCCGCCGAGAUGUUGAACUUUCAAGCCGGCAUUCGACCACCGUAUGUGCCAGCAUUGUCUUUGCACGUGGAAGCAGCUGCUCAGUAUCGCCCCAACUCCCCAGAUGUGUUGCUGUUUCGCUUUCGCUUACCCGGAGCGCCGGGCUUCAUUCGAGUCCUCCAGAUGCUGUCAGAAGAGGCCAAAGCACAAGGCCUGCCAGUGGCCAGGAUUGUCAUCAUGGAUGCUUCGAAGAAAUCACUGAGCUUCCAAGAAAUUGGUCACUACAGGCUGCUGGCUCUACUUCCACACGUUCCGUAUGCUCAACGACUGCCAGAUGUCUUCGCGUUGGGAUCGCCCACCCUGGUGCCGGCGCAACCGUUGCUGCACAAAUUCAUGUGGCCCUUCGCGGGACCCUUCUGCGGACGCAGCGACCCGGACUUGUCACGCUCGGUGGAUCCGAUCAGUGGCAACAAUAGCCAUCCAUAUUCACCCUUCGAAUUCCAACAAAAGAUCUUUCAUCCUGGCCAUUUCGAAGAAGAUCGACGCUACUGGGCACAGUACACUGAAUGGGAGCUUUGGCCUCAUUUGAUCCGCUUCAGGAGUGCCAGGGAGAUGUUGCACCUUGCCACCAUGUCGCAGGAAGAAGCCUUUUCCAUCAGCCGACUCAUGCGGGCACAUCACCAAGUUCUGCGGAAGGACUCGCUCCAAUACUGGAGUAAAGCUUUGAGUGCCUGCCAGUAGGAGAUCAAUGAGCUUCACAGAUCGAGCUGCGCCGCGGGCUGCGGACUGGAAGCGGGGAUGAUUCGCAUGGCCGAAGCGUGAAGGUGAAGACGGUGCCGAGAGUGAACCGAGAAGAAAGAGUGAGAGAUGAACGGUGUUUGGAAACGAGUUUUCCACACCUUUCCAGAUGGCUUUGAUUGGGAAAACUCGAUGGAGUCUCGGAGACUGCCUCAGCUGCGCAGUGGAUCAUUUGCUCCGACUUGGCCGAGAGGAGUGUUUCCUUUGCUAUCGGCCGAAAGAAGAGAAGCUGCGUGGGGUGGGUUGGUGGCGCC